GGCGCAGCAGCAUCAGUAAACGACCAGCUCUCGCGAGGUGCGCACACGCAACGCUCGCUGUCCAUAAACCAUAUAAAAGAUAGCCAAGAAAAAGCUCAACGAAACACCGCAGCAACAUGUAUCUGGAUACGAAAAACAUGACAACCAAUGCAAACAGCAACACUUCAGUGAUGACAGCAGCAGCAGCAUUACCCACGAACUCAAAGUCACCACGGCGUAUGCACAAAGUUUGGCAGCCGCUCCGUCGCCUGCUGAAAGUGGGUGGCAAGGUUCGUACCACCCAGGUGACCUUGGCCCAUCCCAACAAUGUGGAUCUCAACAACACACAGCAACAGCAGCAGCAACUAGAGCUGCUCCUUGAGGAGGAGACCAAGUCAACGACCGAAGAGUCUACCCACAAAUAUGGAUUGGAGCUGCGACAAUUGCCCGAGGAGGAUGAGGUGUCGCUUAUGCAACCGCCCAACACGCCCACCCUAAUUAGCAGUGUUUACGUGGACAAGGUCAGCGCCCAGAGCUGCAGGGCCUGCCAGCAUGGACGCAACUGCCAGCACAGACAUCAUAGCAGCAACUUAAACAGCAACUUGGACAGCAGCAACAUGAACAGCAGCAACAUCAACAGUAGUAGCUCACAAAGUGCAACACAGUUGCCCAGUAACCUCUGGGAUCUGCAGUUGCCCCUCCAGUACAUCAGCACCGAUAAUGGCACCUUCUUUUGGGCCAACACCCAGGAGCGAGUGGAUGAUGAUCUUCUGCAUGCCCUGCUCUGCCAGAGCUUCAGUCAGCUGCCUGGAACGCUAUGUUAGUUUUACUCCACCCACAAAACCUCAACCCAUUACUAAACAGAUCUCAAGUUCAUGGGGGUUAUACCCCUAAUUAUUGUAAUUUCAUUUAUUUAUUUCCCUGCGCAAUAUUUACGUUGUUAAUGUGAUACUAAUUUGCAUGUAAAAUAAAAUAUAAACACUCAUUUUAUACCAUACAAAUGGAAAGAACAAGAAAAGGAAAUGUUA